AUGGAGUCCCGAACUCAGCACUAUCGAGUUGAACUCAUCAUUUCAAGAAAUUGGAAGCUGAAAACAGCUCUCGAAAAGCAGAAAGAUAGGAUCGAAGUGAAAUAUGAAAGUUACAAAAGUGACGGAAUCGUUGUUGGACAAUCAAUUUCGUUUUUGAAUCACAAAACAGCAAUUUCAGCCGAGUUGGAUAUCGAUGUAUCAAGGAAAAACAUUGAAAUUAGUUACAUCGUAGAAGGUAACUCAUCUCCAAUGAAAAUUAAGAACAACAUGGGUGUUAAACUUUAUUUAGAAGUGAAAAAAAGUGAGCUAGAAUUUGCAAUGUAUCCAUUAUGCAUUGACACAAAUGAAAAGAUUGGCGGUGAUGUACAUAACUUUGAUGGAACAUGCGGAGAAAUUCCGUGUGUAGAAGGCACAACACAGGAUCCAGAAGCUCUUGCGGUGGUUGAAUCAAGAAUUUGUGAUUCGUAUUAUAUUCCAGAAUUGGAAGUUACAAAUUACAUAAUUGAUUCAAAUAGUAUAGAGGUGAAGACAAGUCAGUUAUAUAAGGAUAAAGUAACACUCGUAGAUGUGAUGGCGAAAUAUAAGAUAAAGGACAACUUCAAUUGCAAAGUAAAGAGAUCUAAUAGACAAAGUUAUGUAUUAGUAUGCUUUUUGGAUGAAUGUGGCUGGACUAUGAAGGCUUCCUGCAGAAAAAAAUAUGAUGUUUUCAAAGUUAGAUACUUCAAUAGUGAACAUACAUGUCCAAUGCGGGAUAGGAUACUAACCAAAGUCCAAGCAACAGUCGGGUUUGUAAGUGGUGUGACUGCUCCCAAAUUGGUCAACCAUAAAAAAAUUCAUACUCUGAAAGAUAUAAUUGUUGAUAUUAGAGAAUUCUAUGGGGUUCAAAUAUCUUACCAGCAGGCAUUGCGUGCUAAAGAACGUGCACUAGAAAUGAUUAAGGGUAAACCAUCGGUUGGAUAUAGACAGAUGUCGAGAUACAUAUACAUGCUAAAUACUUUGUAUCCAAAUUCUUAUAUAAGAAUGCAGAAGACCGAGGAAGAUGAAUUUAUGUAUCUGUUUGUAGCCUUAAGACCAUUGAUUAGGGGGUUCGAUUACUGCAGACCAAUAGUUGUUGUCGAUGGUGCACAUCUGGGCAGAGCUUACAAAGGGACAUUUGUAUCAGCAAGCACACUUGAUGGGGCAGGUUGCAUAUUUCCAUUGGCCUAUGGUGUUGUGGACAUUGAAAAUAACUGUUCAUGGACAUGGUUCUUCCAACAAUUCAAAAAUGCAUUUGGCGAGCGCGAAGAAAUGUGUGUUGUAUCAGAUAUGAAUGAGAGUAUUAUGAAAAGUGUAAGGAUUGUGUUCCCAAAUAUACCUCAUUAUGCAUGCAUAUGGCAUCUUUGGAAGAAUGUCUAUGGAAACUUCAAAAGGAGUAGAAAGGUCAUUACAGAUCUAUUUUACUCUAUGGCCAAGGCAUACAGAAAGGAGGAUUUUGAUAAAUUGAUGGCUAAGGUUGAUAAAAUUGAUCAGAGGGUUAAGGAGUACCUUGAGGAUGCAGGGUAUGGGAAGUGGUCGAGAGUUUAUUCAAUAGUAAAUAGAGGUAGAAUGAUGACUUCGAACAUUGCAGAAUGUAUCAAUGGUUGUCUUGUUGAAGCACGACAAUUGUCUAUAUUAGAAUUCUUGAAAGAAGUUAGAAUUCUAUUUGGUUCUUGGCAUUGCAAAAAUAGAGAAAUAGCCUCGUAUACAAAGGACACAUUGGGGAGAAGAUUUGAGGAGGUAUUGAAUAUAAACGCGUCUAAAAGUUCGAAGAUGGAGGUAUGUGUCAUGGUUGUUCCAUCAUUUGAAUUUAUUUUCUCGGUUUAUGAAUAUGGAAGUAGAUACAUUGUUUGUCUUGAGCGGAAAGUAUGUUCUUGUGGAGGAUUUCAACUAGAUGAGUUACCUUGCGCACAUGAAAUCAUUGUUUUAAAGGAAAAAAAUGUUAAAGAUAUGCAUCCAUAUUACUCUGAUUAUUAUAAGCCUAAUGCAUUAGCAAAAAUAUAUGAGAUUCUAAUGGUUUCAAUGCCAGAUAAGGAAGAUUGGUCAGCUCCUGAGGAUGUUGUAGCUGAAACUGUGUAUCCACCUAGAUACAAACGAUUAGCUGGACGACCAAGGAAACGAAGAAAAAAAAUGCAGAUGAAAAGAUUACAGUGA